AUGUGGUGGCUAGAUCCAGGCAAAGAAGUCCUGAAUGUUGUGUUCAACCGCAUUUUGGCCCCAUACGUCGAGAAUCUGGAUAUGAACCAAGUGAAUUAUGGUAUCGGACAAGGCCAAGUGACGCUGAAGAAGUUGCGUCUGAAGAAGGGGGCACUAGAUAAAUUUCGUCUCCCUGUGGAUGUUAUCGAAGGACAUUUGGGAAAAUUCACUCUUUCCUUACACUGGCGAAACCUUGGCAAUCAGCCUGUCGAGCUAUUAAUCGAAGAUGUCUAUCUUCUUGUUGUCCCCUCUCCUCAGGGAGACAGCAACUUGGAAGAGGACGAGCAUCGGACGCAGGAGGCUAAGAUGGAACGCCUUGAGAAUGCAGAGUUGCUUCACAUACAGAAUCAACCUGACCCUGUGGAAGGCGAUACACAGCAGCAAGGGCUCCUUGCGUCUCUCAUUGCCAAGAUAGUGAAUAACCUUCAAGUCACGAUCAAAAACAUUCACGUUCGCUAUGAGGAUAAGCUGAGUGUUCCAGGGCACCCGUUCGCGGCUGGAAUAACUUUGGCGGGAUUCUCGGCGUUCUCAGUUGAUGAGAACUGGAUCCCUGCCUUCAUCGAGAGUUCGGCAGGAACUAUCCACAAGCUAGCCAAGUUGCAGUCAUUAGCAGUAUACUUCGACACAGAUGCAGAGAGCAUGGCAGGUCUACCUUACGCAGACGCUGUGAGAAGGUUUACUGCAAUGAUCGCCAGCGAGGAACACGCACAGGACCAUCAGUUUGUGUUGAAACCUGUCACCGGAGAAGGACGGAUUGUCAUGCAUAAACAACUAAACAAAGACACUCCUCGGUUCGACGUCCAGCUUCUAUUUGAUGAGAUCGGAGUUCUCUUGGAUGACAACCAGUAUCGAGAUGCGAUUUCUCUAGUCGAUAUGUAUCAUUUCUAUGCGCGGCAACACCAGUACAAGCGAUACAAGCCGAGGCAAGAGGAUCUUGAAGACAACCGCCCGCGCGCUCUUCUCCAAUUUGCUGGUAACGCCAUCUUAGAUGGGGUACGCGAGCGACAUCGCAAGUGGACAUGGGCCUACUUCAUGGAGCGUCGUGAUGAUCGACAUCGCUACGUUGAGCUAUUCAAGAAGAAGCAGUUGAAUGCUAUUACCAUCCAGGACGUCGCCAUGUUCGACUCUCUGGAAAAGAAGCUGUCAUAUGAAGACAUCCGGUUUUAUAGGUCGAUCGCUCGGUCGGAACUCAGAAAGGAUAUAGCACUGCGCAAGAAAUUGGAAGAAGAAAAGCAAAAGCAACAAGCUCAGUCGUCGUCUUCUUGGUCAAGCUGGAUAUGGGGUUCGUCUACGUCUUCAGAGACUUCAAACGAGGAGCCCACUUUCACUGGAACAAUGACCGACGAACAACGGAAGGAAUUGUACGAUGUUCUUGACUAUGAUGAGAAGACUGCCCUUGUCGAAUCGUUUGAAGCCCCGAGGGAUGCGCUUAAAAUGCGCAUUGUUACGCAGCUGAAGAAGGGCUCUUUUACGUUGAUGACAGAUCCUCACGGUAUUGCUGUCGAGGUUAUUUCGGUCGUCUUCGACAAAUUCCAGGCCAACUUUCUGCAGCGUAGGGACAACUUCGAGGUCGCUACGUCGUUGGGUGGGCUACGUGUUUUUGAUGGCACGACAAAGGAUACCCUGUACCCGCAAAUCGUGCACGUCAAAUCCGAACUGGCGGGAAACAUCAGUGAUGUCGACAAUGACGAUGAUAACGCUGACCCUUUCUUCUUUGUCAAAUUCGAGAAUAAUCCUUUGGACGAGCGGGCGGAUACAGCCCUGACGGUGCGAAUGCGGCACAUGGAGAUCAUCUACCACAAGGGUUAUGUCGAGGCAGUCUACAAAUUUUUCAAGCCACCAGCAAGUCAGCUAGAAUCAGUUGAAGCUCUACUGAAUGUCGCGAGUGAAACAAUUGAAGGUCUUCGCAAGGAAACGCGUGCGGGACUGGAGUACGCCUUACAGACACACAAGACGAUCGACCUUGUUGUGGAUAUGAAUGCGCCCAUCAUCAUUAUACCAGAAAGCAUCACGACUAAUAUAUGCAAGCAUCUGCUCAUCGAUGCAGGACAUAUAUCCAUUGGAAGCGAGCUCGCUGACAAGCAGGCUAUUCGUCAAAUUCAUCUGAAGCGCAAUCAACAGUAUACGGACGACGACUACAAGAACUUGGAAUCAUUGAUGUAUGACAAGCUUUCUUUAAAGCUCGAAGCCGCCCAGUUCGUCUUGGGCGACGACUUGCAAUCGUGCCGAGAUGCUCUCGCUUCUGAUGGUGACACGUCACUCCACUUACUUGAACGUAUCAACGUCGAUUUGCAAGUGCAAAUUUCAAUCAUACCAAGCGCUGUGAAUCUCGCUCGAAUCAAAGUCUCUGGAAAUCUGCCUACGCUGCAGUUAAAUUUCUCCGAUUCUAAGUAUAAAUCUAUUUUGCGCCUGAUUGAUGUGACCAUACCAAAGUUUGGUGAUGAAACUCCAAAUACCAUCCCUUCACCUGCAACGGGAGCCUAUCGAUUGCCGAGAUUGUUUGUCGGCCCUGAUAAGGAGUACAAUAUUGAGGACGAUGGUGAUGAGGAAAGUAGCCGAGACGAAUUCCUUGAAGCUGAAGACAGUGGUGGGGAGCGAUCAUUCGAGUUUAAUUUCCAGGUCGACACCCUACGUGCUUCGAUAUCAAAGUCGCAAGCAGAACGAGGGGAGAAGCCUCUGGGUUCUGUCUCCUUUGAUCGCUUUGCGCUAUCAUUUGCUUUGGCGAAAUACGACAUGGUCGUGGAUGUCAGACUAGGGUCCUUAUCUAUGACUCUCGAGCAAUCAAUAGCUCAAUCCAUGGACAUCCUUUCGUCUGUCGGGGAUUACGAUGACAACAAAGACCUCCUCACCGUCAAGUAUACUCGUGUGCAGAAGGAGUCACCCGAAUAUUUUUCUACUUAUGAAGGGGUUGAUCAGAAUGUUGACAUCAAAAUUUCUACCGUGGUCUUUCGUGCCGCGCCAGAACCCGUGAUCCAAUUGUACAACUUCAUAAUGACGACCUUCGUUCCCCAGUCGGCAGACCAGUCCACUGUUCAAGAGCUCGAACCGAGCUCUCGUGAUGUCUCCUCAACUCCAGGUGACACAGGAAAAAUCCGUGUCGUGGUCAAUCUCGCAAGUGUGAAAGUCAUCCUCAUCAAUGCAUCUGAAAGGCUCGCAACUCUGUCACUUUCUACGGCAGAUGCGCUUGUCUUCCUGCAUUCCAAUACCAUGAAGGUUGAUGUCCAUCUAGGCAGCCUUUCGUUGAGCGACGAUUCUCCUCAGACGACAGCCUCUCCUGAGUUCAAACAAAUCAUGUCGAUAGAGGGAAAGAACCUCGCACAGUUCAUGUACCAGACUUACGAUCCAAAUGACAAGGAAACAUACAAGGGGAUCAAAUCAUCUAUACACCUCGCUGCAGCUUCCGUCAAGCUUCAUUAUCUGGAGCAACCUCUGCACGACAUUUAUUUAUUUCUCUCGAAGCUUGCAAAAUUGAAAGGUCUUUACGAUGCUGCUACUCAAGUUGCAGCUCAGAGGGCCUCCGAGAUCGAGCGCAUGCAAUUUGAUAUCUCCGUCGACUCCCCUAUCAUCGUCUUCCCUUCCAAUGUGGCCACCUCUCGUGACGUUCUCAUUAUGCGUUUAGGUGGUAUGUCUGCUCGUAACGGUUACGAAGGCGAGGUCCACAAAAUCGAUGCCAGUCUUCGUGGAAUACAACUCGUUUCCACCAUCUUCUACGACAACAAGCCAUCGAUUCUGAAGAUGAUUGACGAUAUCGAAGUAGUUGCCGAGGUUGUUCAAGCGGGUGGUGCCGAGAAAAAUGACAUCAACAAUCGUCCUGAUACACAGAUCAAAAUCAUGGUUUCAGACAUCAAGCUAUAUCUUACGCAGGUACAAUACGGUAUGAUCAUUGGAUUGUCUCAAUCGAUCCCGAAGAUCCUGGUUGGAGCUCCGGAGGGGGAGGCUCAAGCAGACCAAGCAGAGGUUUCUGUGGCUUCCUCAAAACCCGGUGCAAUCGACCAGAAUCAAUUGGGCCAUCAGUCUAGUGUUAAACUGCGUCCUGAGCUUGGCCAUGCCACGCCGGAAGACGAGCGGAUCAAGAUUUCUGUGGAUCUUGCACUUUCCGUUCACUCUAUCAAGCUUCACCUGUACGACCAGCAAGCAACGACGGAUUUGAACCUGAAGGAGCACGGAGUAGCUCGAUUUGCACUCACCGGUAACACGCUCAAGUUCAAAGUAUUCUCUGACGAAGCUACCGAGGCUCAAGUAGUGCUUAAAUCUUUCACAAUGAGCAAUACGCGGCCUGGCAACUCCAAAUUCAGAGACAUCAUCCCCGCCGCCCAUCAUGAUCGAAACCAAUUCAUGAUUCUCUACACGACUUCUGGUGGCUCGGAAGGAUCUUCUCUCGCGAUUUUGACCGUCGACUCCCCCAAUAUCAUCUUUACCCUUGAUCUUGUAUUUGCUCUCCUGGAAUUCUUCACUAGUGCCUUCCCCACUUCCCAGCCAACCGACACAUAUUCGAACGUUGAGAGGCAAGGCACCGCAAUGACAGUUGAUCAUGGUAACACCUCACGUUUAGACUUCAGACUGGACCUUCAUAAUGUUUCGAUCAGCUUGCUUGAAAAUGAAGUUGAUGCAGAUUCUCAAGCGAUUCGGCUUUCUGUGGCUCAAGUUCUUGUCUCUCAACAGGGGAUUCUGGCUCUCUCAGUUGUCCGUCUGGGCAUGUCUUUGACAAAAAUGCCGAGGGGCUCCGACGAAGUCAGAUUUUUGGACGAAGUUGACUUCACAGUCUCUCUGGAUAGCCGAUCAUCAUCAUCGCAUCAAACGACGAGCAUUGAGGUUGCUUCAAAGCCGAUAAUUCUCCGCGCGUCAUAUCGAGACAUCCAGCUCAUUCUGACGAUCUGCAAUAAGGCUAUGGCAGCAUAUAGACAGCUCAGUAGGCCUAAUACGUCGUCGAACUCUCUUCAAUCGAGACCUGCAGGGCGCAAUACUUCGGUCCCAUCUAAGUCCGAGCACACGCAUCACAGCACAACUGCGAUGAAGUCAUCAAGACAACAGGCCCUUGGUUUAGCCCGUGUACUGGUGUCCAAAGAACAGCUCCGAGUAUCAUUUGACGGAUUCCGCUUGAUUUUGAUUGGAGAUAUGCACGAACAGCCUAUGAUCCACAUCAAAGUCAAGUCGUGUACUGCUGUAGUAAAUGACUGGUCGGGAGAGCUCAAUGCAUCCGCGACAAUGGCUACUCAGAUCAGCCAUUGGAACCUCACAAACUCGCAUUGGGAGCCAUUGAUUGAUCCAUGGACUUUCAAUGCUUCGGUCUCGAAAGAUCAUCCAACAAGUGCCUUGACGACUUCUCUCUCUGCCAAAGAAAAGCUCAAUCUUAAUCUUAGUACAACUUUCAUGGAGCUUGCAAUUGACAUGUUGAACACCUGGAGGAAAGAAGGUGAGCGCGUUUUGGCGAGAGCUCGAGGUAGCUACGCGCCAUAUAAGAUCCGUAACUACACGGGUACGGUGCUCCACAUCUGGUCGGAUACUGAUGGCAGCAAUGAGCAUCGGGAUUCAACUGCAGUCAAGAUCAUCAAUGGCCAAACGAUUGAUUGGAGAUUUGACGAUUGGCGAACUAUACGAGAACAUACCUCCUCUGCCGGCCAGAGUAGUAUCGGAGUGUAUUUCGAGGGCCAACCGUGGGAACGCCUUCGAAGUAUCCCUGUAGACAGAGAAGGAGAGUACUCAUUCUCGCUACGCCCACGCAUUGAAAAGUUGUAUAAUCGGCUGCUCUGCGAAGUCAAAGUCGAAGCCAACGUGAAGAUUGUCACCCUCCGAUCGACAUAUAAAGUACACAAUCAUACCCUAUAUCCGUUGGAGCUCACACUUGUUGACGAGCUGGGCCAUACCACGCGAGCAGUGGAGAAGAUAGUUCCUGGUCACAGCUUUUCUUUACCUAUCGACUCAAUCGGUAAAACCAAGAUCAGAAUUCAACCCGACCAGGGUUUCGGAUACAAGUGGUGUCCGGCCAUUCGCUGGGAGGACCUCAUUGCUCGCCAGACAUUCACUCUGAGGUGCCCUCAUACCGACGAGUCGGAAGCUGCCUUCCGAUUCCACGCUUUCGUUCAAACAGAUGCCGGCAAUGCGGCCACGCGAAAAUACCCCAAAAUCGAUCUACAGCUCCGGGCACCCAUUGAGUUGGAAAAUCUCUUACCUUAUAACCUGCAGUAUAGGAUUUACGACAAAGAUACGGAUCAAAACUGGAGAAGUUAUCUACGAAAAGGGGGCAUCAUGCCUGUCCAUUCUGUUGAAUUGGGGCAUCUUGUCCUUCUCAAUAUCGAAGUACAAGACACUGUGUUCAAGCCAAGUGACUUCUGUAUUAUAAAUACCGACGGCCAUUCUGAUUUUGACAUUGAGAAUCGGCUUACCCUUCAAGAUGUGUCUGGUCGUAAGCUGGAUCUCAAACUGAACUAUAUACGGUACCCCGAGGCUGGCGGGGCCUUCAAAGUACAGAUCUAUAGUCCUUACAUUGUCGUGAAUAAGUUGGGUAUACCAUUCUCCGUUAAGUCGAUCCGAUCCAGCCGAACGGGUGCUCCACAAGAUGUCGCUGGAGAUACUCAUCCCGUGUUAUCUCAUCUAAAUGAUUCUGGCAACGAAUUCAUCUUCAAAGUUGGGGACUCUUCGUGGUCAAAGGUGAUCAAUCUAGAAGCACCUGCUGCAGAUACUGCGCUGGCUAUUGCCUCCCAAUCGCAAAAGUCUGAGGAGCUUCAUGUUGGAUUUUCGUGGACAGAGGGAUUGGGCAAAUACAAGUUGUCGAAAGUCAUCACCCUCUCACCACGCUAUUUGAUCAGGAAUAAUCUUCAGGAAGCCAUAUGUUACCGAGAACAUGGUGUAGCUCCUCGUGGUCGAUCGACAUUAGAACCAGGCGAACGAAUUGCAUUCCAUUCUUUAAGAUCAGGCCAUCCGGGAUUCCUCACGGUCGCAUUCCCCGGUUUGAAUACUCAAUGGUCUCCACCCAUCAGUAUGGAAGAUAUUGGCUCUGUACAUUUCCGCCUAAAAAAACCAGGCGACAAUGGCUCAACCCAUCUGAUUCGUGCGGAUGUUCAGAUGGAUGGUUCUACUAUUUUCGUCUUCAUUCACCUUGCCGACGACGACUGGCCAUUUUUGAUUGAGAACGACAGUUCCUUUGCAAUAUCCUUUUGGCAGAUGUACAAUCUCCCAGAGCAUAGCCUCACCCAAUAUGCCUGGGACUUCCCCGCGGCCAGAGACAAGAGGAUAUUACUCACCAUCAACGAUGCUAGACGUGCAGUUGAUAUCAUGGAAAUAGGCGACCUUAUACCGUUCAGGUUUCCUAAGGGACAAGGCACAGGGAUCGUCUCUAUCGAUGUCCGGGCAUCUGGGAAGAAACAGGUUCUACGAAUCUCGAAUUAUGUUCAGGAAACCAGCCUGUAUCGACCUACUUUCCGCAGCAGCAGCAGCAGCAGCUCGACCCUACGUUCAGACACAUUGUCUGGUAGCAAUGAGGCCUUCGAAGCCGUCACCGAGGAGAUCCAACCAACCCUGAUUUUCAAUGUAGACUUUGAAGGGAUAGGUGUUUCCCUCAUCAAUAGAAGGGUUGUUGAAGUGAUCUACUUAUCCUUGGAGAGGUUGAAAUUCGAGUACUCCACCAGUGCAAUCGCCCAGGCAGUGAAUCUGUCAUGUGGUAGCCUUCAAAUUGACAAUCAAUUGCAUGAUACCAUUUUCCCUGUGAUCCUACAGCCGACACCCAUCGCAAAGGAGACGAGCGAUGUCGCAGCUUUACCGACCGUCCAAGCCUCCGUGAUCUGGCUGAAUGACCAAGAGCACGGAGUUCUUUUCAUCAAGUACUGCUCCAUUUUAUUGCAGGCAUUGACCAUCGAAGCAGACGAAGACCUGUUAUUUGCUGUAUACGACUUGAGUCAAAUCAAAGGUGCUUCUUGGGAAGAAGGUCAACAAGACGUUCUCAUCGAACAUCCAGAAGAUAUCCCUGAACCCCAGGCAAUGAUCAGUGGUCAAGAUCUUUACUUCGAAGUUCUGGAGCUGCAACCUAUCAGAUUAUCUUUGUCCUUCAUGCGCACAGAGCGGGUCAGCGGAGAAGACAAGCUGAGCAUCCGGAAUCCCUUGGCACUGAUCGUCAACGCGUUGACCAUGGCCGUUGGAAACGUCAACGAUGCCCCACUCGAGAUGAACGCCCUCGCAAUCAAAGACAUGCGACUCACGCUGCCAGACCUUCAAGCUCGAAUGACUUACCACUACCGACAAGAAGUCUUGCGGCAGCUAUAUCGGAUCCUCGGGUCCGCUGACUUCAUCGGGAACCCCGUCGGACUGUUCACGAAUGUCAGCUCCGGCGUGGCAGACAUCUUCUAUGAGCCUUUCAAUGGCGUCGUCAUGCAUGGAAACCGCGAACUGGGCAUCGGGAUCGCCAAGGGUGCAGCCAGUUUCGUGAAGAAGACCGUGUUCGGUGUGACUGAUAGUAUGACCAAGGUGACCAGCAGCAUCGGAAAAGGUCUUUCGGCCGCCACCCUUGACUCCGAAUAUCAGAAGCGACGCAGGAUCACACAGAGACGAAACAGGCCGCGGCAUGCCAUUUAUGGCGUGACUGCAGGAGCGGAGGCAUUCGCCAGCAGCAUCGCGAGCGGUGUGGAGGGCGUAGUUAUGAAGCCGAUUGAAGGGGCCGAAAGUGAGGGGGCGCUCGGGUUCUUCAAGGGGGUGGGUAAAGGCUUGGUCGGUGCUGUCACCAAACCCGUCGUCGGAGUGUUUGACCUGGCGUCCAACCUCACCGAAGGUGUCCGCAACACCACCAUGGUCUUUGAUAAUCCCGCCCGAGAGCGCGUUCGCUUGCCCCGUCACAUCCCAGCGGAUGCUGUCCUCGCGCCUUAUUCCGAGCGGGAAGCGCUGGGCCAGUUCUGGAUGAAAGACCUCGAGCAAGGCCGGUAUCGGCAGGAAUCCUACGUGGCUCACAUCAACGUGCAGGGCAGCGACGCCGUCGUGCUGCUCACCGCCGCGCGCGUCAUCUCCUUCUCCUCGAAGCGGCUCCGGCUGGAGUGGGAGCUGCCGUUUACGCUGGUCUCGGGCGUGACGAUCGAAGACUCUGGGAUCCGGUUCGCGAACAAGGCGGGGCGGGAGCACGACAAGUUCAUACGCAUAGCGGAGAAAUCCUCUCAGGCGUGGUUCUUCGGGCAGAUCGCGUCGGUGGUCAAGGCAUUCAACACGCGGAGAAGGAUGGACUCGUGAGGACGAGCGGGCACUACUACGGACAGGGACGCGAUAAUGGUAUGCAGGGUAUGCACAGGACAGAACGAUCGAACGGUGGUAUAUGUAGAGAAUACGGAAUAUACAGUCGUGGCCAAUCUGGAAAGCGCCGGGCGGCCGAGCUCUAAGGGCGCGAGCCAC